AUGAACAUGUUCAAUCAUGGGAAUAUGAUUACCUUUCCUGAAGGACCUCGUAUUGACACUAACAAUUCCGAGUUACGCAUGCCCCUUAUUCAAAGGGUCGAGCAAACUCCUUUUGCAGGUAGGGCUACAGAGGAUGCCAAUCGCCAUCUCUCCAAAUUUGUGGGGAUCUCAAACACUCUCAAAUUGAACGGUGUCGAUGACGAUUCCAUAAGGGUAAGACUCUUCCCCUUUUCAUUAACUGAUUCUGCUAAAGAGUGGUUUGAAUGUAUGCCCAGAGAAAAGUUCAUCCAAGGCCAUGACGAGCCCCUCUACGAGGCGUUUGCUCGUUUCAAAGCCCUUCUCCGAAAGUGCCCUAACCAUGGUUUCACCGUGGACCAUCAGGUAGGAAUUCUCUAUAAUGGGUUUAACGAGAAAAUUUGUGCUAUGCUUGAUUCAGGUGCAAAUGGAGGGUUCAUAAGGAAAUCAGGUGAGGAAGCCAUGGUGGUAAUAGAGGAAUUCGCCACCAACAGCAGGGGGUGGUCGAAAGAAAGGCAUAGCCUAAAAAGGAUAGCUGCAAUUGAAGAAGCCGAGGAAAGCUCUUUUGCGAAGGAAUUGGCCGAGCUUCGAGUUAGGGUGGACCAAAUGGAUUCAUCAAGGAAGGAGGACCCGAUUCCACCGACCUCCAUCAUAGCGGUCUCUAAACCCGAAACUCCUGCCCCGAUAGUGGAAGAAAUCAACUACAUGCAAGGAGGCGGUCCCAAUAGAAAUUACAACAAUAAUUAUCGCCCUAACCAGGGGGGCGGAUUUAAUGUUAGCAAGGGAGGAGUAGUUGAGACAACCAAGAAGGAGGAAAAGUAUGACCAAGGGAUCACAAGGAUCUUGGAAGUAAUCACGCAAGACAGGAAGGUUAAUGACACCAAGAUCGGAGUGGUCGAAGCUAGAAUAAACAACCUCGAGCAGGAAAUGAACACGAUCUCAACUGCCAUAGCCAACAUCAACACUCAAAUGGAGCAAAUCCAAAAGAAGUUGGAUGAGGACAGGGCAAAGGCAGCCGCACGAGUGGAUAACAACAAUAAGAAGUGGGUGGCAAAGCAGAAAACUGGGGACUGCCCGGUCGACGGCGGACCGCCGCAACCAUUGCAGCGGGCCGCUGCUGUAGCGUCGAAUGGAGAAAUACCUAAAUAUGCGAAGCUAUUAAGGGAGGCAGUGAUGAGGAAGAGAAAGCCGACAAAAGCCGACCUUAAGCUACCACAUCAUUGCAGCGAGAUCAUUCAAAAGGAGAAGGCAGUGAAGCAGAGAGAUCCGGGCCAAUUCAUUAUCCGAUGCCGGAUUGGAGAGGGAAAGGUUGACAAGGCCCUAUGCGAUUUAGGAUCUUCCAUCAAUCUCAUGCCACUGAAGUACUACGAAAAGCUCAACAUUGGGCCACUAAAAACUUCAGACGUAACACUUAGGUUGGUCGAUAACUCGUCCAUAAAAACUGUUGGUAUGAUUGAGGAUGUCCUAGUGAAAUUCGAUGACUUCAUUUUUCCCGCCGAUUUUAUUGUGCUUGACACGAAAGUAGACAAGAACGUCCGUCUAAUCUUAGAGAGAGAUUUUCUUACUACUUGCAAAGCUUUGAUUGAUGUAGGUCGUGGAGAGAUAACAAUUAGCGAUAACCAUAGCAAAUCCACCUAUAAGAUCGAAAGAGAGAUGCUCAAGUUUGAGGAAGCAAAGCGGACAAAGAUGGAACAGCAGUGUAGGGCAGUCAUGGUCACGGAUUUGACCAAACCCUGA